AUGCCCCACUAUGCAAAAUUUAUGAAGGAUCUUUUGUCUAAAAAGAAGAAGUUGAAAGAUGGUGGGACUGUGGCUUUAACGGAGGAAUGUAGCGCCCUUAUUCAAAAGAAGCUUCCUCCGAAGUUAAAAGACCCAGGUAGUUUCAGCAUUCCUAUUGCUAUUGGAGAUGUGGAAGUAGGAAAAACACUUUGUGACUUGGGGGCCAGUAUUAAUUUGAUGCCAUUAUUCUUCUGCAGAGCUUUGGGGAUUAACAAGUUGAAAACCACUAAUGUUAUUCUACAUCUAGCAGAUAGAUCAAUUAAGAGACCAGAAGGGGUGGUAGAAGAUGUUUUGGUCAAGGUGGAUAAAUUUAUUUUCCCUGUAUAUUUUGUAAUUCUAGAUAUGGAAGAGGAGGAUACUGAAAGUCCUCUACUCUUAGAAAGACCAUUCUUAGCCACUGCAAGAUAUCUGGUUGACGUUGAACAAGGAAAGUUGAUGUUAAGGGUGAAUGAAGAAACAAUCACCAUUGAUGUGUUUGAAGCUAUUAAACAUUAUGUUGAUGUGGAGGAUUGUUUUAAAGUAGAUAUCAUACAGUAA